UUUGAGCUACAAUGAUUGGUUGAAAGAUAUGCCAGUCAUGAAAAUGGGUCUGUGGUAUUCUUGUGCUCUUUGUUUGGAUGGAGGGGCUCGUUUCAGUGAAAUCCGAGUAUACAUCUGUUAUUACAACAAAGUCCUGCUGUUGGUGGGACAAGGACCUGUCCACUCUGGACCUCAUCAGACCCCUCUUAUACUGGGACAGGAAGGAUCCCGCCACCCUGGACAACAGCAAACCAUGCUGGUACUGGGACAAGAACGACUUGGCCUACACUCCUUCGCAGUCAGAGGGACUGGAUCCUGCUACGGAGGCCCGGUACCGCAGAGAGGGGGCUCGGUUUAUCUUUGACGUGGGUACGCGACUCGGACUGCACUAUGACACACUAGCAACUGGGAUUGUUUACUUCCACCGCUUUUACAUGUUCCACUCCUUCAAACAGUUCCCCAGAUAUGUGACAGGAGGAUGCUGCCUUUUCCUUGCAGGCAAAGUAGAGGAAACUCCAAAGAAGUGCAAAGACAUCAUCAAGACAGCUCGCAGCCUGCUCAAUGACAUCCAGUUUGCACAGUUUGGAGAUGAUCCCAAGGAAGAGGUUAUGGUGUUGGAGCGCAUUUUGCUGCAGACCAUCAAGUUUGACCUGCAGGUGGAACACCCCUACCAGUUUCUGCUGCACUAUGCAAAGCAACUCAAAGGUGACAGGAACAAGGUGCAGAAGCUUGUUCAGAUGGCUUGGACCUUUGUGAAUGACAGCCUUUGUACCAUGGUGGCCCUGCAGUGGGAGCCACAGAUCAUAGCGGUGGCUGUCAUGUACCUGGCUGGACGUCUCUGUAAGUUUGACAUCCAGGACUGGACCUGCAAGCAGUCGCCCCGGCGCUGGUGGGAGCAGUUUGUUCAUGAUGUACCAGUGGAGGUGCUGGAAGAUAUCUGUCACCAGAUCCUGGACCUGUAUUCUCAGGCUAAGCAGGAGAUGCCUGAUGGAGGGAUCAGGAGUGGCGAAAACAUGCCACCACCUUCCAUCCUGACCCCGACAGUCCCACCACCAUCCAAGAAGGCUUCCCCUCAGACCAGCCCCAGACCACCCCGACCAGCUCAGCCUUCUCCAAAAGAUGACAGCAAAGCCACUAAGCUCCCAGAUCCCUCCUCCGAGCUCAGUUAA